AAAAAAAUACUUUGGAAACCAUGGAAGAAGAAGGGGCCACAACCCCAUUUUGGCUGCCAGCCUCCUCCGGCCACCGGCGCCGCCGCAGCAGCAGAUCACCCUCCUCCAUCUUCCUCAGCUCGGGCUUUCUCAUCAUAUUCUUGCCUCUCACCGCACUCCUCUUCAUAGUCUUUGUUUUGCCUCCUAUUCUCUCCUUCACUUCCUACAUUUUCAAGCCAAACAUGGUGAAGAAGAGCUGGGACUCUCUCAACCUUGUGCUCGUCCUCUUCGCCAUCAUCUGCGGUUUUCUCAGCCGAGGAGGUGGAGGUGGAGGUGGAGGUGGAAGCUCUGAUAUGGAAAGCAGUGUUUCGGAGGUGCCGGAAGAGAGUACUCAGAGAUCAAACCAUGGACAUUGGUAUGAGGAGAGGAUCAGUGGAUAUGGUGGAAUGAGGAGGAUGAGGAGCAGCAGCUCCUACCCGGAUCUCCGGCAAGAGUCUGCAUGGGCCGGCGGGGAUGGGCGGUGGCGGUCUUUUGAUGACACCCAGUUGGAUAAUCAUCGAGUUUUGGGGUCUCAUCGCCAGCUUUAUAAUCGCCGGAGAUAUGAAGAUCAAGAUUAUUGCGAGGUAAAAAAUAUAGAUGUUGACAACACUUCUAUGAUUAGUCCCAAGGAGAAAGUUCUUAGUCAUAUUCCGCCCCGUCCUCCAUCUCCGCCACCGCCUCCAUCGCCGCCACCACCACCACCUCCACCGCCGGUGGUUAAGCGGAAAGUGAAGCGAUCUUUUCAGGCAGUUGCAAGGGAAGAAAGGAGAGAAACAAGGGAAAAUAGCAGUUUUGAGUCCAAGAGAGUUCAGGCUGCGGCGCCGCCGCCGCCGCCACCACCACCACCUCCGCCGCCAUUGGCAGUGGAGCGGAGGAGUGAGAAAAGUGAUCGGAAGAGAGGAGGUGCAACCAAGGAGUUUUUGACCUCACUUUACUAUCAAAGGAACAAGAAAAAGAAGCAAAGACAAAAGAGCAUGGAAAACUUGGACACCAUUCUUCACAAUUCACCUCACUCUGAUCAGCCUCUCCGACCUCAGCCAUCCCCUCCGCCACCACCCCCUCUGCCCCCACCACCAAAUUCUGUCUUUCACAAUCUGUUCUCCUCCAAGAAAGGCAAAUCCAAGAGGUUUCUCACAGUUCCACCGCACCCCACCCCACCCCCACCGCCGCCACCAGCUUCAAGAGCAUAUGCUGGUAAAACCAAGACCAAAAUUGCCCUAUCACAAUCACAUCCAUACGACCAUCCUCUCAAUGCCAGUAAACCCCCAAUACCGGAAAAAUCAAGCAGUUUCAACAGUGUAGAUGACAAUCCAUAUGCUGGCAGUGAAUCACUAUUGAUACCAGUACCGCCUCCACCGCCGCCGCCGCCGCCGUUCAAAAUGCCGGAUUGGAAGUUUGUUGUCCAUGGAGAUUAUGUUAGGAUCAAAAGUACGAAUAGCUCGCGCAGUGGCUCGCCAGAUUUAGACUACAUUGGAUCCCCAUCAAGCAAGGGACCUAGCCGAUCAACCAGUCUAAAGUCCGAGACCGAAGGCGGAGACUCGGCCCAGCCAUUGUUCUGCCCUAGCCCAGAUGUCAACACCAAGGCUGAUACCUUCAUUGCCAGAUUCAGAGCUGGUUUGAAGCUUGAGAAGAUCAAUUCCAUCAAGGAGAAGCAAGAAGUGGGAAUGUCAAACCUUGGCCCAGAACCAGGCCAGGCACAAGGCUCAGGGGCCGUUCAGAUUUGAAGCUACCGUCCUUUUUCCUUAAUUUUUUUUCGUGAUUUAUUACUUUUUUGAGGAAUUUGAGGAUAUGUGGAUUUGAGUUGUUUGUUCUGACCAGUAUACAGAUUGAGAUUAAACUACAGAUAGGUACUUGUAUAGGAUUUGGGCUCUGAUUGAUUCUUUUUUUUGGCUUUGCAUCAAGACUCCAGCGUGUUCUUAUUCUUUGUAAAGGAAGUGGGGUUUAUGUGGAUCAGGUUUUCCAGAUUCUGUAUGUAAUUACAAGCUGUGGUACAGAUUUUUCUAUAGAAAAUGACAGGGUUGAUACA